UUUCUCAUAGUAACAAUGGGAUACAGCAGAUUUGCGCUGCUCAGCAGCCUUGCUUUUAUUUUUCUUGUCCUCCACCCCAUCUGUGGAGACGUGAGCUACUCUAUUCCGGAGGAGAUGAAACGUGGAUCUGUAAUUGGAAAUAUCGCUAAGGAUCUGGGACUUGAUGUGGGCAGACUGUCUGCUCGCAAGGCCCGUAUCGAUACUGAGGAUAACAACGUCCAGUACUGCGGAGUAAAUCUCAACACUGGAGACCUGAUCGUACAAGAAAGGAUUGACAGAGAGGGGCUUUGUGCGAAAAAGGCAUCAUGUGUUGUAAAACAGGAACUCGUUUUGGAAAAUCCGUUAGAGUUGCACCGUGUUAGUAUCCGCGUUCAAGAUAUUAACGACAAUUCACCUCAGUUUAAAGAAGAUUCGCUUAAAAUUGAAAUUCACGAAUCGGCAGUCAAGGGUGCUCGUUUUCUUGUGGGAGAGGCACACGAUGGAGACAUCGGAGAAAAUGCUGUUCAGGGCUACUCACUACAGCAGAAUGAUCAUUUCUCAUUAAAUGUAAACACGAAAUCUGGCGGACGGAAGCACUGCGAGUUAGUUUUAGACAAAGAAUUAGACAGAGAGGACAAGAAAGAGAUUUUGUUGUUGCUUACCGCAUUUGAUGGUGGCUCUCCUCAGAGAUCAGGUACUGUAGUCAUACACGUCACUGUGCUGGAUGCAAAUGAUAAUGUACCAGUGUUCAGCCAGGCCGUUUAUGAAGCCAGUCUGCCUGAAAACUCUCCUCUGGAUACACUGGUGAUCACAGUGAGUGCUACUGAUGCAGACGAAGGUAUACAUAGCGAAAUUACUUAUGGAUUUGACCAUGUUUCAGAUGAAAAUAACGACGUGUUUUCUUUAGACUCUAAAUCGGGAGAGAGUUGUUAA